AUGGUAGACACCUGGGGUAUUCAGACUUUACAGGCCGCUUUUGAGCAUCCCUGUCUGAUGCAUGGCUUGCUGGCGGUCGCUGCAGUCCACGAUCGCCAUCUGGGGCUUGCGCCUACCAGCCGACGCACGUUGCGCGAACUGCAUCACUGGUCUCAGUGCACCAUUCUAUUUGCCAAGAUGCUGAGCGGUACCAUCAAGGAAGAGUUCAAGGACCCCUGCUGGGCCACGGCCGCCACUCUCGGCAUACUGACUUUUGCAUCCACAGACGUGGAUGCAACGACAAGCAAGCAGCCGUGGCCGCUGGGGCCCGAGGACUCGUCCGAUCUCGAGUGGCUGCGUCUGGGCGCCGGCAAGAUGAAGCUCUGGCAGCUGCUGAACCCGCUGCGCCCGCAGAGCGCCUUCAAGCCGAUGGCGCACGUCCUCGCGCGCAUCAGCGAGCCGCUCCCGGACCGGGGCGUCGACGGCGUGCCGCCCGACCUGGCCAGAUUUUGCGGCAUGGACGAGGCCUCGACGGCGGGCAAUAAUGCCUACCAUAAUAUCGCCCACGGACUCGCGCAGCUCCAAGACGUGCAAGGCCUGCAGGACGGGUACGGCUCGGCGCUGCGCGUGUCGGGACACAUGAGCGGCGCGUUUGAGGCGCUGCUCCGGGAGAAGGACCUCAUGGCGCUCAUACUGCUGUGCAUGUGGUACGAGACGGCGCGCAAGACGAAGUGGUGGAUUGAGAUGCGUGCAAAGUACGAGUAUGCGGCGAUUCGGAGCUACAUCCAGCUGCAUCAUAGUGAGCAUAUCGCUGUAAAAAGGUGCUUUGACGAAAUGGUGGAAACGUGCAUCUUCGAGGAAAAGAAAAUUUUGGAUACUCAUAGAUAG